AUGUAUAUUGAGAAAUUAAAUUUAAACUCAGAAAAUGAAAAAAUUACUAGUUUAGAUUUUCAGCCAUAUAACAAAUUAAAUAGAUUAGCUAUUUCAAGUUUACAUCAAAUUAAGAUUUAUCAUAUACCACCAUAUGACACAACAACAAAAAAUAAAAUAAAUAUUGAAUUAUUAUUUAUUAGUAAUGAUCAUAAGCUAGUUUAUAUUAACACAAUUAGGUGGAGUUUUAAUGGCCAAUAUUUGGCUAGCUGUGAUAGUGGAGGGACUAUAGUAUGUUAUGAACUAGAUAAAGAUAAAAGUAACAUUAAGAAAAAUACAGAAGAAAUAAAAAAUAAUAUAAAAGAUGGAUAUAAUAAAUCCAAUAACUCUUUUCACACAUCAACAUGUAAUAAAGAAGAAUGGAAAAUAACUAGGUGCAUAAAAAUACAUGAAAGUGGAGAAAUUUUUGACCUUGCCUGGUCACACGAUAAUGAACAUGUUGUUUGUGGUGUUUCAAAAGGGGUAGUAUAUAUUUUUAACUUGAAAAAUUCCUAUAUUUCCCAUAAACUUUUUGUUAAAGGAACAACAGAAAACAUAAAAGGUGUUUCGUUUCAUCCAACAAAUAACUCGAUUAUAGCUCAAAGUAGUGAUAAUAUUAUGUGUUUAUGGAAAAAGGUAAAUAUAUAUCAGGACAAAAGUAAUAUAUGCUUGUCACAUAAUAAAAAAAAUUAUGAUCAAAGAGAAAACAUUUCCCAUAAAUGUGAAUAUGCAAUUCCAAACAAUUCUCCAAAUUCUCAUAGUAUUUCACGUGAAUAUUUUGAAUAUAUUUACGAAGAAAAUAUGAACAAGAAAUAUAAAAAUAUUGAUACUCCAACUAUUCGCCAUAUUUACUUUGAUAGUUUUGGGAAAUAUGCAAGUAUUACUCAUAUCCCUAGUAAUGGAAGAAAUUGUGGAAUAUUAUUAAAAAUUGAUAAUAAUGAAAGAAUAAAUAAAAAUAGAAUAUUCUUAGAUGGUCAUGACAGUUGUAUAAGAGUAGCAAAAAUAGGACAUAAGGUAUUUGUAGAUGUAAAAAAAAAAAAAUUAUAUAGUUUAUAUUGUCAAUGCAGUGACAAUGGUAUAAUUUCUUUGUGGAAAAUAUUUUUAAAAAGAAUAAAAAAAUCAACUUCAAAUGAAGAAAAAAAAAAAAAUUUAAACGUUUCAUUAGAUAAUAAAAAAUUAUUAGCAAAAAAGAAAAAAAAAAUAAAUAAAUAUGCAAAAUGUUUUUUGAUCAUUCAAAAUUUGUUAGAAGAACAAACAUGUGCUGUAGAUGUAAGUUGGUCAGAAAAUUUUGAUCAAUUAGUUAUUGGAGCAUCCAAUGGAUCUGUUUAUAUUAUACAAAUAAAUACUCUUAAAUUAAAUUUGAAACCUUUCUAUCCUAAUAUUUGUUUAGAAAUUAAUGAAAUUGAAAAAAAAACUAACAAAGAAGAAAAGGAGACGGAAUUGAAAAUUACUAAAAAUAAGCAGAUAAAAGAUAAGGUUAUAGAAAAAAAAGUAAAAAAUAGAAUAACCCCUAAAAUAAAAUACUUAUAUGAUGAAUUUGGUAAUAUAAUAGAAAAUACAAGUUCUCAUGAAAUUAUACAUAUUUUAAAUUGUAGAAUUUAUCAAUAUAAUAAUAUAUAUCCAUUCUCAUUUUCUUAUUUAAAAAAAAAAGAACAAAAUAAUUCAAAUAAUAGUUUAUUUACUUUUCCUUCUUUUAUAAAUAUCUUUAUAUGUUUUAUUUUUAAAGUUAUUAAUGCAAUUAUAAAAAAAUUUCAAAUUUUUUGCCAAAAAUAUAAGGAAUUAAAAAGUAUUAUAAAUUUUAAUAUACAUAAUAAUAAAAAAUAUGACUAUUAUUGUAAUAAUAACAAUUAUAUUAUUCAAUGUAGUAAUGAUAAUAACAAUAAUAGUAAUGACGAAAAUAACAAAAGUAAUAAUAAUAAUAUUGAAGAUAAUAACAAUAAUAAUAAUAAUAAUAUUGAAGAUAAUAACAAUAAUAAUAAUAAUAAUAAUAAUAAUAAUAAUAAUAAUAAUAAUAAUAAUAAUAAUAAUAAUAAUAAUAAUGAUGAUGAUGAUGAUAAUAACGAUAAUAGUAAUGAUGAUGAUAACAAUAAUAAUAAUGAUGAAAAUAAAAAUAUUAAUGAUAAUGAGGAUGAUAAUAAUGAUAAAGAUAACAAUAGCAAUGAUGAUGAUAAUAACAAUAGUAGUAAUGACGAAAAUAAAAAUAAUAACAACAAAAAUAAUAAUAAUAAUGAUAAUAAUAAAAAUAAUAAUAAUAAUAAUGAUAACAAUAAUGACAAUAGCAAUGAUGAUGAUAAUAACAAUAAUAAUAAUGACGAAAAUAAAAAUAAUAAUGAUAAUGAUGAUGAUUAUAACAAUAAUAAUAAUGAUGAAAAUAAAAAUAAUAAUGAUAAUGAGGAUGAUUAUAACAAUAAUAAUAAUGAUGAAAAUAAAAAUAAUAAUGAUAAUGAGGAUGAUAAUAAUGAUAAUGAUAACAAUAAUGAUGAUGAUAAUAACAACAAUAGUAAUGAAGAAAAUAAAAAUAACAAUAAUAAUAAUAUUGCUAACAUAAAUACCAAUAACAAUAAUGAUAGUAAAAAUAAAAAAGUUUAUAAAAAUAAGAAAAAUAAUAAAAAUUCAAAAGGAAUUAAAAGUAUGAAAGGUAAAACUGAUUUUAAUAAUUCUUUAAGCAUAGAAAAUAUUCAUAAUGCCACUGAAGAUAAUUGCAGUAGUAGUAAGCAAUCAUGUUACAGAAAUAGUGAUGAUAAUAAUGAUUAUAAUUCCAUGAAUCAUCUAAAUCAUGAUGAUUUUUAUGAAUAUACAAAUAAAAAUAUUAAUGUAAAAAUAUUAGAUAUAAUAAGAAAUAAUUAUAAUAAAGAAAAUUAUAUAGAAAAUUGUAAUGCUACAAUACCGAUAAUAAAUAAUGAAAUGUGUAACUUAGAAGAAAUUGAAAAAAGAAAUAAUAGUGAUAUUAAUAAGAUAGGUGAACAUAGUGAAUACAAUAUAGAUGAGAACUUAGAAAAUAACAAUGGAAGUAAUACAAAAAAAAAAACAAAUAAAAAAUUAAAUUCUAAUGAAAAAAAAGAAACAAAAAAAAAAGAAUCAAAAAGAGAAUCAAAAAAAGAUACAAAAAAAAAUACCAAAAAAGAUAUAGAAAACGAUAUAAAAAAAGACACAAAUAAAAAGUCAAAAAAAAAUACAAAGAAGGAUAAAAAUCCUAAUAAUUCUGAUUUAGAAUGGGAAAAUUUUAAUCCUCACAUGGAACUGUGUGAUCCUUUUGAAAAUAAAAACCAUGAAUUAAUGCAGAUUGUCAAAAAUAUAUCUAAAAAAAAUAGUGAACAAUUUGAAUCAGCUGUUCAUAAAAAGAAAGAAUCCAAAAAGAAAAAUGGAGAUGAAGAAAAUAAAAAGAAGAAUAAAAAUAAUGAUUUCCUUUCUUUAAAUGAUGCAAAAGUUUUAGAAUUAUCACAAAUGAAUGAUGUAAAAAAAAAUGAUGAAAGUGAAAUUCUAGAUGAAAAUGUGAGAUAUUUAAAAAAUAAGAAAUUUAAUAAAAAUCUUAAAUUAGAAAAUGAAUAUAAUGUCUCAAAUAUAUGUAAAGAACUAAAUGAAAACGAAUAUAUAAAGGAUAAAGGAGAUGAUAGUUCUAUAAAAAGUAAAAAUAAGAAAAAGAAACAAAAUAAAAGAUUGCUUUGCAGUGUUUAUGAUUUAAAUGAAAAUACUAAAAAAAGAAAUUCUUAUAAAAAAGGAAAAGUUGAAAGUUCCUAUUCAAAUACAUAUUCAGAAAAAAAAUUAACAAAUAUUUCAGAGGAACACAAAGCAAAUGAAGAUGAAAAAAAUGAUGAAGAAAAGAAUAGGAUAGAAGAAAAGGAAGAAGAAAAAAAAAAAUGCAUAGAACAAAAUGUAGAAAUAGAAGAUGAAAAAGUAGAUUGUCAUAUAUAUAGAGAAAAUGAUGUAGAUGUAAAAAAUGAUGAUAUGGAAGUAGAAAAUGAGAAGAGAGAAGAAAGAAAAAAAUAUGAAGAAAAAGAAGAUGAAUUAGAAAUAGAUUAUGGGGAAAAAGAGAAAGAAGAAGAAUACGAAGAAAAGGAAAAAGAAGAAGGAAAAAUUAUGCAUAAAAUAAAAAAAGAAAACAUGGAAAACAUGAAGGAAAUUAAUGAAAAAUAUAAAAAAAAAAACAAUAAAUUAAGAACAAUAGAAAAAAAUAAGAAAAAAAAAAUUUUAAAGAAAAUUAGUAAAUAUAACAAUUUGUAUAAUAAUAAUAGUACAAAAAUAAAAAAUAAAAUAACAAAAAGUAAUAAUACUAUAGAAAAUGUAUAUUUUGAAAAAUAUAUGAAUAAAAUAUUUUUUUUUGAUAACAGAAGUGAAAAUUGUAAAAUUUGUUGUAUGUAUAAAGAUAGCUUAAUUAAAAAAAACUUUUUCUAUUUGCUUUGGGAAGAUGAAAUAUCAGGUAAAAGGAUUAAACAUCUAAUAUAUGAUAAUUACAUUUUUAUUAUAAGUCAUAAAUAUAAUUACUAUUUGUUAAACAUUUUUAAUAUGGAAAGUAAAUUAUUGAUAUAUGAUUAUGUAUUACCUUUGAAUAACCUAUCUGAAUUAUAUGUAAUAAAAAAUUUUUAUAUUGAUAAUAAUAUUUAUUCCUUUUUCUAUAUUCAUAAUAAUAAAAUGUACUAUAUAUAUCAACUUCUAAAUUAUUGUGAUGUUACAUUAUUAUAUUGUUUCGAUGUAUCUAAGUUGAAAACAAACGUUGAAAGUAUAAGUAUGAAUAUCAUUGAAAAGUUAGAAAAUGAUCCUUAUUCGAAAAAAAAAAAAAAAAAAUAUUUAAAAAAUUAUGAAAAGCAAAUUAUUAUUCAAAGAAAAAAAGAAAUGAAAGAACAAAUGAUUCAUACAAAAAAAGGUAAGUAUUUAAAACAUCAAAAAAAAGAGAAUGAGGAAGAAAAGCAAAAAGAAAAAGAUAUAAAGAAAUUAAUUAAAAAUAUAACUUUUUAUGAAAAUAUAAGUGAGGAUAAUGAAAAUGAUAUAAUUUCAAAAAAUGAAAUAGAUAUAAAAAAUGAAUUAAGUAUGAAGGAUAUAAAUUUGGGAAAUGGAAUAUAUUUAAAAAAUGAUAAAAAUAUUAAAAGAGAAAGUUCUUUAAAAUUUCCUCUUGGUAGUGGUUCGAAUAUAUUAAGACGUCUUCCUAGCAAUUCUAAUGAGCCAAUAAAAACGACAAAAAAAAAAAAUUCACAAAAUAGAAAAAGAAAUUACUUUGAUGAUAUAUUUGCUUGUAAUAUACAUGGAAAUGAUUUAUUAUAUGAUUUCAUUUAUAGAAAAAACAAUUUUUUUUAUAGCUAUAUGUGUAUUUAUAUAUACUUAAAAAAUGGUAUGAUAUUUUUUUUGAGAAGAAAUUUAAUGGUAGGAGAGAAUUAUAAAAAUUUCUAUGAUUUAAAUGAAAACAUAUUUGAAAAUAAUGGGAUAACGUUAAUUUCUCGUUUAGAUAAUAUGUAUUAUAGUAAGUCUCUAUGUUGUGAUAUAGAGAUAGAAGAUAAUUAUGAAAAUGUGGAUAUAAGGAAUUAUGAAAAAAAAGAUCUUACAAAAAAAAAUGAUGAAAAACAAAUAAUAUUAAACAGAAAUGCAUACAAGGAAACCAAUAAUAACAAAAACAUAAUUGUGUUUGACAAUUUACAAAAAAUUCAAAAAAAAGGAAUGAAAAACUUAUUUUCAUACAAGAGCCUUUUUAAUAUAUACAAUUUUAAUUUAAAAAAAAUAUUAAAACAUGAAAAAAUAUAUAUGGAUGACAAAAAAAAAAAAAAAAAAAAAAAAAAAAAUGAGACAAAUAAUAUAGAUAAAACCACUAAAUAUUAUGACAAAAAAUUUAAUAAAUUUUCAUCCAAAGUAGUGGAGAAUCAAGCUAUUUCUAAAAAAAAUAAAAGCAAUGUUUUAAAAGAAAAGACCAAAAAAAAAAAAAAAAAUUUGAAUAAUAACCUUAAAAUAAGUAAGAAUAAUAAUUUAAAUAGUGUAGAAGGAAUAAAUUCUUCUUUUAUUUUUGGCCAAUUUGUUAGAAAUAAUUUUGGUUAUAUAAGUCUUUCAGAUAAAUUUCAGAAAAAUAACACGUAUAAAGAUUGUAAUGAAAAUAUUUAUUUGAAGACAAUAAAAUAUUUGGAGGUACAGAUGAAGUAUAGUAUAUUAAUAAUGAAUAAAAACAAUUUUUUAAAUUAUCUGCAUAUUUAUUUUAAACUUCUAAUGGAAUAUCUAGAUGUAUCGAGACUUCAACAAAACUUUUUAUAUUUCAUGCAAACAACUUUACAACAUUCACAAAAAUAUUUUUCAGAUUUUUAUGUUUAUUAUGAAUAUAUAAAUGAACCAUAUUGGGUAGAUACCAAUUCACUAUUAUGCAUGAAUUUACACUUUUUUUUUUUAACGCUGUUCCUUUAUUAUAAUUUUUUAAUUCCUAUAUAUAAUAGUUUACAUAAUAAUCAAAAUAAUCAAAAAUGUCAAACUUUUUUAACAUUUCUCAAAGAAAUUCAGAAUUAUAUUUUUCAGAUACAAAAAAUCUUUCAAAAUAAUUUUCGUAAUAUAGCGUCUUAA